AUGCGAUAUCUCGUGGGUACCACCUUCGGGCGCGGCGUCUUCUUCGAUCGGGUCAAGAAGCAGGUCAUGAAACAGACAAAAGGACUCUAUCCCGCACCCCUUAGGAUAAUUGAGGUAAAAACCCUACAGCGGGUCGCACCAUAUUCAAUUAUAUCGUCUGGUUUUAUGGUAGCUUCUUACAAGAGACUAUGACCGAAGUUGCGUAGAGCGUCCUAGCCAGUGAUUCAUGAGAUAUGAGGAAAGCAAGGCGUGGCGGGAUCUUUUGGCUUGCUGUCUAUUGUGCACGGGAGAGUUUUCUAUCUAUCUGCUUGCAGUGCGAAGUAUGCUCAUCCCGAUUACCAGCUUAAGGUCGAUAGAUGAUCCUCCCUUGCUACUUAAUACUUCCAGUCGCAGUUAAUGAUUUCACCCGAUUCCACUCCGAUCUUCUUGACUCUGUCCUAACGCUGGGCCCAGGUUGGUGAAGGAGGAAAGAGUGCGGUAGAUGCAGCGAAAGUCCACUAUCACUAUAAACUAAUUCACGCGUAAGUCACCGUCCCCGCGCCUAUCCUGUUGUGAGGCACACGACCGAGCUGCCAGUUAGAGAUUUCCGGCGAGUCCAAUUUUAACUCUGCAUGCAUACUGCCAGUGGGGACGGACUGGAUCGGGAUCCACGUAAUUACCCUACUGACAGCACAGGUUGUAGCUAAAAGUCCAGACACGCGUGUUGCGCAGAUUUUCUGCCGCUGCCUGUCGCAGCUGCGACGAAUUCAGCUCGUCAGUGGGUCUCCCAGCGUUCUCGUGAGUUUUCUGGUAUAUGAACUCGAGUUCUACCUGGCCAUGUUUAAUUUCCGAGGAAAUUAAUGCAUGAACUUGGAGUGAAUUCCUUCGGAACAGACCUUCCAACUUCCGGACCGAGUCUAUGAAGGUCUGUUCCGAAAGAUUUGCUCAAAUUUCGCGCAUUACUUUUCUCAGAAAUUAAAUAAGGCUGGAUCUGGAUCCGGCACCAAUCGGGAUAUGCACCAAUAACAAAUGCCAACAUUGAGGGUGUCUCCAGUGUUGGUACUUUGUGCGCCAAGUUGCAGGCUCACGCCGCACUGGUUAAGACAGAAGCCGCCCUCUUUUCUUAUUAUGUAGAAUCCUGGUUAGGGUACCUUGUGGACUAGAGAUUGUGGUGGUACUCCUAGGUUUUCACCGUGCCAUCCACAUGCACUAUCUCCCGUCUCUGAUCUUCUUGUCUCUGUCAUGCAACCGGGCCCAGAUUGGAGUGGAGGAGUGCGGUAGAUGCUGCGCAAGUCCACUAUCGCUGCAAACGAAUUUACACGCGAGUCAGCGUUCGUGCUCCCACCAGGCUGUAGAGCACAUCGUCGGCAACGACGGUCGGACUGUCUAGUAGUAUUACUGCACAGAAGCUCACAUCUGGUGGGUUCGUAAGUAGAGCUGUGCUGAACAGACUUAUAUUCCUUUGAGGUAAUUCGAAUCAUCAACAAAACUGCGUGCAUGAUUGCCCAGCUACAGCCAUCUGUCGUCGCCUGAAGAACUUCUGCCGCAUAAAACAAGUGUUGCCCAAACCGGUUCCGUGUGGACAAGGGGUUAGACUGUUGGCUAGGGAUGUAGGUAAUAUGUACGGGACAUCAUGUUUUGCCUCUCUCCACUCAACGAAGCUGCGCAAGAUCGGUUCGGGGAAGGUGGCAACAGGGACUCCCCAGUUUGUUGGCUCGGAGCCAUCAAGUUUUGCCGAAGUCAUUCCGGUUCUGUCGCAGUUAAAUUGUCGACCUUUCCAGUUACUUUCACUGUCUGCGUCUGGACAGCUGGACGUCCCUGUUCUCUAUUCAUCUUAAUCUUUUAGGUUAUGAAGACGUCUUUGACCAAGGGUCCCGCCGUGGGUUAUCAGGAGGAGGCUAAGGCGUUCGGUCAACUCGCAAUGACCCCAGAAUCCAAGGCCCUCUUUGGCCUCUUCUUUGGACACUCGGAGUGCAAGCGUCGCCGAUUCCCAGACCCAGUGAAACCUGUCAAGUAG